UCCACUCCCCCUUUCCCCUUCCCAACCCCUUCGCAUCCCGCCGCUGCAGGCGCUGAAGAUCCCCGGGGUAAAGAAUGGAAACUCCUUUUGGGCUCUAAGGGUCUCCUUCCCACCCGUCUAGAAAGAAAACAUCCUUCCUGCCCUCUGCCCUCCCAAAAUUGACAUACACUUGUAAAAACCAAGGAACAACCAUGGCUGACAGCUUAAGAAGACUAGUUAACAACGAAUGCUGUCGAAUGUUGCAGGAGAAAUUGGAGACGUGGUACAAGGAUUACUAUAUGAACUCAUGUGAUCAAAACUUGAAUUGCUGCUGUGAAAUAAUUGAACUGAAUUCCAGAAUACAGGGGCAGCUCUUCACAAUCCUCAGUCAAACAGCACAAGAAGGUGGACAUUAUGCUGGUGUGGAAACAAUCAAAUCUCGACUUCUGCCCUGGCUAGGGACUUGUUUCUCCAAUUCUUCUCUAGGAAAACCCAUUGACAACAACGUAAGCCUUUUGCAGGAGUCACUUGAAAAGGACAGACAGCUACGAGAACUUUCUGCUGCUCGGGAACGGGAGAUACAACAGUUAGAUUCAGAAUUGAAUUCAACUCGUGUUCAACUCAGCAUGGUUCAACAAGAUCUGGCAGAAACUGAGAUGGAUCUUGAAGACACCAAGACCAAAUCAGCUACAGCCCUUUUGGCUGCAGAGGAUGAAAUAAUUCAUCUAAAGAAUCAACUCAAGUCUCUCCAAGCCCAGGAGGAGUCCCGCCAACAUAGCUUGGCUAUGGUAACUGACUAUGAACGACAGCUUCGAACUCUGAAGGAUGAGAUUGCUGUCCUGUCUGCAGAAAAAUCUGUUCUGCAGAGCAGACUCACCAGGAGCCGGUCUCCUAGCCCUGAUUCCCAACGCAGCAGGGCUUCCAGUCCCGUUCAAAAAGAGAUGCCCCUGUCACCUCUAGCCAACAGACUGAGCUCUGUCUCACGCAAAGCUAAUCUUCUGGCCCGUUUCAGUGAUGCAUAUACUCAAGGCCGAAUAGAGGCACAGACCUUGCUUAAGAGAUACAUUGAUAAGAUGGAAACGGUGCAGAGGAUCAUCUAUAUUGCCACAGUGGAGUCUUUCCAUGUAGCUAAGAUGGCAUUCAGACACUUCAAAAUACGUGUGAGGAAGACUUUAACACCAGGUCAUAUUGGGAUAGAAUCUAUUGAGGACAUUGUCAUGGAUUACAUAAUUUGUCAUCUUGAUUUAUAUGACGUUCAAAGCAGCGUUAACGAUGUGAUUCGUGCCAUGAAUGUGAACCCCAAGAUUUCUUUUCCACCUGAAGUUGAGUUUGCCAUUAUUAGCUGCUUCAUCAAGGAGAUAUGCUGUAUUGCUUUUGCAAUGCAGACUUUGGAUCCUCCCCUAGAUAUUGCAUUUGGUGCUGAUGGAGAGAUUUUUAAUGACUGCAAGUAUCGCCGCAGCUGUGACUCUGAUUUCACGGCUCCCUUGGUCUUCUAUCAUGUGUGGCCUGCUCUGAUGGAGAAUGAAAUUAUCAUUAUGAAGGGAGAAGCCGUCACCAAGAGAGGGGCUUUUUGGUCAUCUGUGAAAUGUGUCAACAGAAGUAGGAGUCGAAGUCUAAGCCCUGUCCCUCAGCAUGGUAGCCCGUGUAAAAGUGGGGCAUCAAGAAGCCGAAGCCCUUCUCCAUCAAGAGAUAUCCAUACAAGGUUUUAAGUUGACUGGAAGUGUUGCUUUGCUCCUGUCCGUCUGGACAAAUCAACGCCAGUGGUGCUUCCUUCUGUCCUAAGAGUUCUUCAAACCUCACUUAAAAUAAUGUGAAUGGCAAUUCUGUAUCACUCGAAGGGGAGAGUUAAAUUUUUUUUUUGGCCUAGUGUGUUUUGAUAACUUUAGAUAUAUUGCUUUUUUAUAUCUUUUUUUUAAAGAAAUUAAUUCAGUUAAUUUGAUAAAAAUGCAUAGGUGUUUAUGAUCAUAUUCAUUUGAUACAAUGCUUACUCCAUAGUUUCAGGAACUCCAUUGUUAAAUACCAUACUGUAUUUUAGCAAACUCUAGAAACAAAGAUAAAAACAUCUUAAUUGAUCAACGUUUAGCCAAUUCGAAACAACACAACAGGACAUUUAGUUUCACAGUCCAGUCAUAAACAUCACAUGUGAUCAGACUAAUUUUAAAACAAUGUUAUCACAUGAUGCCUUUUUGGUUUUGUUUUACCUUUUGGGAGAUAGCAUUAUCUUAGGCUAGGAAAACUUCCAUUCUAUCCCCAGAGUUAAUUAUCUUGUUUCAAAUGUGAAAAGUUUUUAACUAACAAGUUUUUACUUGGCUUCCCUGUGCAUUCUACCCCAAAGUAUAAAUAUCAGGUCAUGAGAAUUACUUUGCUUAUUAAAUCUUGACUGUCACUUGAGACAGGAAAUCUGUCAAUUAGUGCUUAUCUGCCCUAUUUUAUCUUUUGGGAUUACUUUGCUUUUGCCAAUGCAUAUCUGAAGUUUGACAAUACUUACUUGAUAUUUGUUCUUUAGCAUGUCCAAUGAAACACACAUAAAACCCAAUUUUAUUUGAAUGAAAUCACCCCAGCUCCUAAAAUUGGUGUAGUUGUUUCCUUCUUUCCUA